AGCAGUGCGGCAGCCUCCCGCAACGUGCGACACUUUGCUACUUGUGCACCUUUUUUUUGCUCCGUUACUGAGUCGCGCGCUCGUCUUCCUCUGUUUUCAGCUCCAUAUGGUAAAUGCUCUUCUCAUCCGACGCCGCUACCACCGCCGCUACCACCCCAUUGCCUCCGCCGCCACCACCCAAUCCGUCCACUCCCCACCUAACACCCGUCUGCCCUCUCAUACUACUCUCCCAUUGCACACGUGCCGUCUCCCUGCCGUGCUCUGACCAAUCUGCGGGAUAGCCCUCGUUUUUCAGCAAGAAGAAAUCCACCGAUCCUCAGACGCCGCCCGUCGAACCCACCACGAGCAAAAGUCCCGCCCGGUCACCGGAGAAAGAGAAGCGCGGCUACUUUGCGAAGGAGCGGGACAAGGACCGGCUCAAACGCUCCUCCAAGUCCUUCUCGCGCACCACAUCCCGCCGUGGAUCGGACGAGCAUCCGCUGAACCUGCCGCCCGACGAGCUGCGGCGGCUCAGCGCCCUCUCCGCCCAGAAGAUGAGCAGCAGCCCGCGAGACUCCAGAGAAGGCGGCGUGCCCGUCCCUUCCGACCCCAUGGAGACGACGCCUGCGCCAGAGACUCCUGGCGCCUUUCCCACCACCGAUGCCACUGAGACGACCAAUGGCACAAAUGGCGAGACGCACCCCGGCGACGACGAGCAAGAGCAACGGCCGACCCCGCCUCCUCACAAGUCACAGCCCAGCUCGCCGCCGCGACAAGAGCCACGACCCGAGGAGGCGGAAGCAUUCAAAGCGGAGGGAAACAAGUACUACAAGGCGGGAAAAUAUGCGGCAGCCAUUGAAGAGUACGGCAAAGCAAUCGAGGCGAACCCUACGUCGACCUAUCUCUCGAAUCGUGCAGCAGCAUACAUGGCCGCCGGAAAGUACACCGAAGCGUUGGAGGAUUGUAAGCGAGCGGACGAGCUGGAGCCGGGUAAUCCCAAGAUCUUGCAUCGCCAAGCGAAGAUUCUCACUGCCCUUGGAGAACCACAAGCAGCUCUCGAUGUAUACGAUCGGAUAGACCCUCCCGCAACGGCCAAGGACCGGCAGCAAGCCCAGGCGAUGCAGAAGUACAUCUCGGAAGCCCAUGACAAUCUGAAUAACAGUUCAAGCGGGUCAAUGGUGCUCUUUGCUCUGGAUCAGGCUGAAAAGUCUUUGGGAACGACAGUGCAGCCUCCACGAAAGUGGCGGCUUAUGCGAGGCGAGGCAUAUCUGAAGAUGGGCACAGUAAACAGCCUGGGGGAUGCGCAGAAUGUCGCCAUGGCCCUGCUCCGUGGUAACAAUGCAGAUCCCGAGGCUCUGGUACUACGAGGACGCGCAUUGUACGGUCAAGGAGAGAACGACAAGGCUAUCCAGCAUUUCCGGCAGGCACUUUCGUGCGACCCUGAUUUCAAAGAUGCUGUGAAGUGGCUACGAUUAGUGCAAAAGUUGGACAAAACCAAGGCCGAGGGAAAUGAGCAUUUCAAGUAUGGUCGCUAUCCUCAAGCUGUGGAGACGUACACUAGCGCUCUCGACAUCGAUCCUUCAAACAAGGGAACGAAUUCGAAGCUGCUGAACAACCGGGCCAUGUGCUACACCAAAUUGAAGAAGUGGCAAGACGCGAUCAAUGACUGCGAUGCUGCGCUCAAGCUGGAUCCAAGCUACAUCAAAGCCUCGAAGACAAGAGCGAAAGCCCUCGGCGCAAGCGGCGAUUGGGAGGAGGCUGUGCGAGCGUUCAAGAACAUUGCCGAGCAGCAUCCAGAAGAACCGGGCAUCGCCAAGGAAGUCCGUGAUGCAGAAUUGGAGCUGAAGAAGAGCAAGCGCAAGGACUACUACAAGAUACUGGGGAUUGAAAAAGAUUGCAGCGAUACGGAUAUUAAGAAGGCUUACCGCAAGCUUGCCGUGGUUCACCACCCGGACAAGAACCCGGACGACCCGGAAGCGGAGAACAGGUUCAAAGAGAUUCAGGAAGCUCACGAAACUUUGAUCGACCCUCAGAAGCGACAACGCUACGAUAGUGGAGUCGAUCUCAUGGAAGAUGGAGGUAUGGGUGGUGGGUUCCCCGGCGGUAUGGGAGGCAUGGGUGGAUUUGGAGGAGGCGGCGUGCAGAUUGAUCCAGAAGUGCUGUUCAACAUGAUGGGCGGUGGUAUGGGCGGGGGAGGAGGAGGCGGAGGUUUCCGCUUUGCAUCUGGCGGCGGCGCUCCACGAGGGUUCCCUGGAGGUGGACAAGGCUUUUCUCCAUUUGGCUGAGUCUGCGAAGAUCUGCUGUGUAUUUCGCCGUGGAUCUUGCUGCUGGUAUUGCUGCAUCGCAUUGUACAGGCUGCCCACUUGCGGCGGAAUUGGGGUUCUACAGCAUAGCGGAGCGGCACGGCGCCGUAAGCACGACACGGAUAUACGAAUAGAUUGCGUUAGUGGCUCGAAGCAGCUUUGAGGCGUGGAUAGAGGCGAUGCUUCUUGCCUGGACCAGACCAGGAUCACGUUGUACAUUUUAUUGAUACAAUGAUUCACGACGAGCGUUCCAUAAUACGCGUUUCCAUCAA